GAAAUGCGUUGGGUAGAUGAUCGCUGUACGAUAUCUGGUUGAAUUUCACAGAUUUGCAAGCCAAAGAAUAAUCUAUUAGGCUGUGGUGCUUGAAGGCAAGUAUUGGAAGCGAACUCUCAGCACAGUCAUCUGAGAAUACCAGAAGAGGAGGAUCUUCUGUCAAAAAAAAUUGCAGAUGAUGGAACCCUCUACUUCACUCAAUGGCCUACCAGAGCCUGAGUCGCCACGGCAUCAGCAGGAGUCCUUACAGCUGCAGCUUCAACAGCAGCAGCAGGAUACAUUGCCGUUUGGAGUGCAGCCAACUGACCAACUCCAAGCAUCGGUGGCAGGAGUGGAACAAUCAACUACCGCUCAGGAGGAAUCGCAAAGUAACAAUCGAACCACAAACCCGUUGACAUGGAAACAACAGCAAGGGUGGCUGGAUCAAAGUCAACCAUCAGAUGUCCCCUUAAAACCCUUAACAUCUAUGUCUGAUGCCCAGCCGGCGGAGAUAGCGCCUGCUCCUCUGGCUCCGUCCAGCUCCAGCAACACUGGCGGGCUCCCUGGUAAUGCUGCGCUGCAGACACAAGAAAUUUGA